AUGCCCCUGCACGGUAGAAUUGUUGUAAUCAAAAGGAGUGGAGGAGAUGGGACUGAGUUUCCUCUGACUGCAUCAUGCUUAUUUGGAAGGUGAGAAAAAGCUUUUGAAAUAUGUAAAUAUGUGCAAAAUGCCAUAGCAGUGAGUGUCGGUGUCUAAAUGUAAUAAUAUUUUCGCGUUUUGCAUAGGUAAGUUAGAGUUAAACGUAUCAUCAACAACUUGUAGUUUAGCCAUUUUAAAUGUGUUAAGAUGUGGGCUUUCUACUGCUGACUUAGGUCGUUGAGCUUUGUUCACUAUUACAGCGUUUCAAAAUACAUGUUACAACAGACUCUUGCCAAAACAUCAGACCAUUAUCAUGGUCACUUCAUGGAUUUUCUGUCUGACCGAAGUCGCCCUAAAAAAAGACUCAAUAGAAGCCAAUGUUGAAUAAAAUGAUAUUUACACUUUCUUUACUUGUUGUACAUGCUGUUGGUCCUUUUGGCGGUAGGAGGGGGAGAUGGGGUAUCCACAGGAAAGUGUUUACCCGACUUUUUGCGAUGCCAGUAGGUUCUGUCGCUUGUAUUUUCAAUCUCUUGAUGCAUUGCACAUGAUGUACAAUAUGUAAACACCAAAUGUAACCGAACAUAGUCGACCAAAGCACGUUUCCUCACAAUCAGUUGGAAGUGUUUGCCAUUUGGUCUGUGCUUCGGUUAGGCUCGGCCAUGUUGUGCAAGUGUUUGUCAUGUGCGAAUUGCAUCAGUAUUGAAAAUCAAAAACGGAAAUACAAACCGAUAUACAGACCAGCGUACUGAAGGUCAGGUUGAUAACACUUCCCUGUAAAUAUUUUGUGUCAGAUUACCUCUGAUAUGGGGACAAAAUUGGUGGACAACUGUUAAAGUAAAUUGAAAUGAAGUUUGUUCAACAUUCUGACUUGUAAUUAAACUGUUUGGGAAUGCUGAGCCUACAUGUUAGAGACGAGUGUGUACGUAUUUCACUCUCAGAUUCUAAAAGAGCCUACACAGACCCUAUAGAUCCAUUCAACCUUAUCCACUGAAAAUGGAUUGGAUUUAGCCCACUCUUGUUGAUGAGUUGUCCCUCUUUUAGCAUUUAUUCAACUUAACUGUUCCUGUAUGUGUGCAGUGUGAACCUGCCACAGUAUCUGUGCGUUAGCGAUGUCGACUACGACAUGUCUCCUCUCUAAAGGCCAGGAAGCUCAGACUCAAACGCUCAUUAGACAGCACUAUCUUCAUUUACUCACGUUAUGGACAGAAUGUACUUCCAAAAUUGUUUUAUAAGCAACUGGAAAAAAUGCCUAUUCUGCACCUCCAAUCACUCAUUAUUGCCACACGCUGGUCGGAAGUCUACAACAGCUCCAUACAAUGGAGGCGCCGAAGAGGCAUUUUUUUCGGUUGCUUGUAAAUUUUCAUUUAGACCUUUUUUUGAAGUACAUACCGGGAGUAAUUGAAGAUAGUUGCUCAGUGAAACUCCAUAUAUGGUGAGUAAGGAAUGUAUUUUGAGAACGCUUGUAGAGCUGUCUAAUGGGAGUUUGAAUUGGAGCUUCCUGGGCUUUAUAGAGAGGACGCGUCAUACUCAUCUUCGACAUCUGUAACGCACAGAUACUGGGCAUGUGAACCCCAUGAAGUGUAGCUGUUGCUGGAGUAACAGCUUAUGGGAAUAAAGAAACGAUGAAAUCCAGUUGACAUGCCUUGAAGACAGUAAAAAUGUGUUGACAGAACCAAAUAUUUACUGAAAGAAAUCAGGAAAUGUAGACAACCUUUUUACAGAAUAUUUAUUAUGGCCUUUUUGUCUCUUAGGAACCCUGACUGCGACAUUCGCAUUCAACUUCCCCAAGUCUCCAAGGAGCAUUGCAGGAUUGAGCUGAAUGAAAAUAAAGAGGUAACUGCAGUCAGCCAAAAUAAUUGCUACCUUCCUUCGAUAAGUCAGUCACUUUUAUUUUAGUAUCUGUAGAGGAAGUAUUGAAAGACUUUAUUUUUUUCUUACAGGUUAUUUUAACCAAUUUGAGUUCAGUGAACCCGACCCGUGUCAAUGGGGAGGUUUUUCAGCAGUCUGAAUGUUUGAAACAUGGAGAUCUAAUCACAAUUAUUGACCGUUCUUUCAGGUUUGUGCAUCUUAUGUCAGUUUAUCACAAUAGUCAAAUAAUACGAAUUUAUUUGAUGUGUUUCAGGGAUGCAAACUCGCCACUUUUCGGCGAUGUUCACCGUUUUGAUCUCAAAAUAAGACAUCUACGUGAAUCGUGUAGAUCCGUUAAAAAAAGUGUUGGGGAGGAGAGGUUUGAUGAAAAGUGUGCAGACGCAGGGUGUAUCACCCAUUGAGCAAUGACUGCUCAUCCAAUAUCAGCUGUGAGCAGCCAGCCGCAUCCCCUAACCAUCCAUUAGCCUACUCAGCUGAUUCUCUCCAUCCGUUCAUUCUGCACAUUUCCAUCAGUUUUAAAAUGUUAUUUAGCCGUGAUGGCAGGCUGGGUUGUGCAGACAGUGAUGGGGUUUCUGUUAAAUUUGCUUAACUAUUGGAGAGUCUCCCAGCGCAAGUGAAGUGGAUACGUAGAUAUCUUUUCAUUUCGCCUGUAACAACAAGCAGGUCAGUCUGACUAGGCUCUUGAGUGCAACUGCCAUAGAGGAAAAACGGAGCACAUCUUUGCACCUUUACAUAACUGAAAACCACGAGUUUUCUGGUGUUCCUUAAAUUCUGUUUGCUGCCUAACUUUUUGGAGCAGUGAGAGCUAGUGUUGUGUGUGUGUGACGGAGAACGAGGAUGUGUAUGGGAGAGGGAGGGAGGGAGAGUGUAGGCUGUGUGUAAAUCUGUCUGAAGAGUAGGCUAAAGAUGGUUUCAUAUAGGCCUAGUGUGCUUUCCCCUUACUGCCACAAUGAAAUGCAGAUCAUUAUGCAUUUGUAUUCCUUACUGUAUUCCUUGGGCCCACAGGUCGGCCUUUGGAUAUCAGAAAAUCUGCUAAAUAGUUGCUGACACUCCAAAAAAUGAUGGCAAAACGUUUUCAGUGUUAAAUAUGAUUGUUUUUAUAAGACAAUCUUUGAGAACAAAAAAUCAUCAAAAUAGAAAAUUGCCAUUCAAGGAGAAUCUACAUUUCCAAUAAAUGUCAUGGCAUGGGGCCCCCGUUGAUUUUGUUAUGAGUCACUCAGAUAGCAUAAGAACACAGCAUAAGCCAUGGCAAAAUAGAUUUAAAAUUGAUCUCUUUCUCUCUCAACCCCAUCACAAAAUGUGUGGAGUUGCAGGAAACUAGCUUUAAAACAGCUAAAUUGUCUCUGCGCCCAAGAUGAGGGCCUCUAAAAUUUGCUGUCCUAUCACAUCGUUAGUAAAAUGUUGGUAUUGUGACAACCAAAUUCUGAAAAUAGGUGCAUUUUCUUGCCGUUUCCGUGCAUAUUUCUUUGGGUCAUUUAUUUUUUGGGUGCCCUCACCAGUUUGCAUCCCUGGUGUUUAGUCUGCUUACUGUCCUUUUACAUUUUGAUGGACAGCAUGUCAUAAUUUAACAACUAAAUAUGUUAUGGCAUGUUAAACCAUAUACUUUGAUACACAAUAUGAUUAUGGGUUACUGUUUUAUUUUUACAUUUAAUUUGAUAUUUUCCUUUUCAGGUUUGAAUACCAUCCACCACCCGCUCCAAAGAAAAAUAGAUCUUCUGCUGCUAGAAAAAAUGAAACUCCUCAGGUAUUAUGCGUGUUAUACACUAAAAGUCAAAGCCUGAAGCAUAUUUGAUAAUAAAGCAUGACUUACCAUUUAUAUGCCCAUUGAGGAAAUAUAUCUUAUGAAUCACCUAGGAAGUCUGUGCUCAAGCUGUCUCUGUCACAGGUUUUACAUGAAACCCAAGCGAGGGAUACCAGAGCUAAAGAUGGAACCAACACUUCUGUGGUCCAACUCCAGGAGGAUGGAAUUCUUGAACAGAACAAGCCAAGCUCCUCCUGUGAGCUGUAUCAAAUGUUCAAACAAGAUCUGGAUUCCAAGACUCCAAAGAAAGCACCUGGAACACCUGCUUCAAGGCUUUGUCCACAGAAACCUAUCCCAACCAAUAAAGUGGAUGGGGUGUCUGUCAUUUCCACACCCAAGAAGGUGGAGACUGAAAAUGUGUCACCUGUUAUCACUGGAGUGACUCCAAAAUCAGCUCAGAGGAGGCGAAAGUCCUUCCAAGGUUGGGUUGUUGAGGGGAAUGUGCCAGAUGAAGAUUUCAUCCAGCUGACUCCAUCUAUUCAAGAAACUCCCAAAGGUAAAAGGCGUUCUUCACAGUCCAAAACACCCACCACUGUUGAAGAAAAAUCCACCCCUGUUUCUCAGAAGAAAAGUCGUCUGGCAACACCCCAGAAGUUCACCGCUAGUGAAGUGGUUGAGCAGAUUUCUGAGUGUCCGACUGCAGAAACCGCAAAGACCCCCACUAGGAGGAGGAGCAAGGAAGCCACUCCCAUCAAAUCUUUGGUAACUGAGGUAGAACCACCUGCUGACGCAGUCAUUUUAAACCAAGACCAGACCGUAGUGAGUGAGAAUUCCACGCCAAGUACCUUUAAGAUAGAGCCCUGCCGCUCUCCACAGGCUUCACCAAGGUCUGCUGGGAAAAAGCUUCAAGCCCAGGAUGUGCUUCGUGAACUAGAGGUGACCACACCCACCAAUGGUGAGAACAAUGCCAGGUUAUUUCCCAAUAACAGUCAACAUUUUUAUGCAUACAUUUAGUUAAUUCAAUAAUUAUUAGUCUACUUUGUUCUAGUUUCAAUGUCAGUUCUUUGAUAAUUACUACAUAUUCAUUUCUAUCUCCAGUUAAACAGUCAUCCGCUAAGAAACGGAAGAGUGGAGACCUUAAAACAGAAUUGUCAACACCACUGGGCAAGAGGAAAAGGGUUUCAUUUGGAGGUCAUUUGGAGCCGGAACUGUUCGAUAAAUGUCUGCCUCCUGACUCCCCACUACGCAAAGGAGCCACUCCUGGACGGCGCAGCUUGUGUGUCCCUAAAAUGAAACGGCCACUCCUCAGGAGAGCAUCUGCAAUUGGUCUGAUAAAGGUAUGUUCAAUAAACUGUAGGUUAUGUACAUGCUGACUUUGCUCCUCAAAUGACAUGUAUUUGAUAUAGCUAAUGAACUGAUUCUCACUCAAAUAUUUUUUCAAUUUCAUAGGAGCAUGAACAGUCUGCCCCAGAGAACCCUAAAGUGAAAGGAAGUCCAGGAAAGAUUGUAUCUCCCAAGACUCCCUCGCCUGCCAAGUCACCACCGAAGGCAUCUCCCAAAACUCCCUCACCUGCCAAGAAGACACCGAACGCUAAAACUCCAUCUCCAGGUAAAGUCAAGACUCCAUCUGCUCGAAGAAAGUCUCCAUUAAAAGAUGAAUCUCAAACACCCAAGGCUGGGAUGACCCCCGUGAGUUUGCAGUCAGCCAACACAACACCCACUGUGCAACGCCGGUUCUCAGUGUCCCGCAUCAGCACCUCAUCACCCACCGCAGACCAGGACUCUGUCCCACAGACACCUGUCACUGUAACCCUGCGUGUUCCCUUGAGGAGAACGAGCAUGAAGUCUACCUCGAAGACAACAGAGAAAAGCACAAUGAAGAAUACCCUACAAGUCAUCCGUAGAAGAAGUGGUGUUCCUCGGGCAUCUAUGAAAGGUAUGCGUCUAUUUACUUUCUUCGUUGGGAUUCAAUAACUUUUUGUUGAUUGGCUGAUGAAGUGGGUUUUUUUCUUCUUCGUUUCAAGUUGUGAGUUCCUGGGCUGAUAUUGUGAAGUUCGGCCAGACCAAGGCCCAAGCGGUUAUCCCAACCAAGAAAACGUCCAUCCGAGUGACCAAGACUAAGAAGAAUGUUGUACCAAAACCCAAGGCAUGCUUAAAUAGUAUUUUGCACUCCAUGACUAUACCAUGUCAAUAUACAAAUAAAUGUCUAGUGCAGCAAAUUGCAGCUUGUUGUUAAAUUGACUUCAGUGGUUUUGUCUUAAAAACAAUUAUGGCUACAUUACCUAACUUGUUGAUUAUGCUAAUUAUGUUACAGACACCUGCGAGGAAGCUCAUAGGACAUGUCAGCACUGGUCAUGCAGAUUCGCCUGUGACCAUUGUUGUGGGCAAAGCUCACAAGCUGAAAGUCAGUCAGCCAUGUGGGGCUGCCCCAAAGCUUGUCCACAACAUUGCACUGCUAAAAAAGAACAUGACAAUGGAUGAGGAUUUGUCAGGUAAUUAGUCAAUUUCCUAUCCCCAAUAUUUGAUUGGCAAGUUCUUCGUAUGGUAUCUAAAGGGCUUGUUGCAGUGUCAUAUUGUGCUUACGUAAAGCAACAGGGUUGUUUUGUUUGUGGUUUCAGGAGUUGCAGAAAUGUUCAAGACCCCUGCAAAGCAAAGGAAGUCUGUGGCCAAUGUGCAGAGUGCCCUCAAGACCCCCCAGAGAGUCCAGUCUACAUCUAUGAUUGAAUCAGUGAUGGAGACCCCAGAGGCCACUGGUAAGUGAUUUUGACCAUGACCUCUGUUGUGGGGCAGGAGAUGGAGUCUUGACAGUGGUUUUCAGAGUCUUGUACACUGUUUAUUAGAUGUAUUGAUCAUGUUGAAAUCAAUGAUUAAACUAAAUAUACUUUCUGUUUAUUCUCUAUCGUCACAGGUGAAAUGGUGGUGUCUCCUCUUGUUGUUUCUACUGCUAAACGGGGUGUGUACAACAGUGAUGCAGUCAUUAGACUCCUUCGGGAUUAUCAAGAAUCCAGUUUCAUCACUGCAAAUGCCACUCAGGAGGAAGCUGAUGACUCUUGUUCCAAACCAAGUGAGAUCCCUGCCUUGGAGAGGUCUUGCGAAGAAUCUAAGGAAGAACAGCAGCCAGAGUCAAAGACCGCGAUCUCUACUCUCAUACAGAAGAAACCUGAACAACCCGACUAUCUCACUGGAGUGAAGAGGAUUAUGAAGACUCCAAGACAGAAGGCAGACCCCAUUGAAGACCUCACAGGGAAACUGUUGAAAACUCCCAAACAACAGAAACCUGAGCAACCCGACUAUCUCACUGGAGUGAAGAGGAUUAUGAAGACUCCAAGACAGAAGGCAGACCCCAUUGAAGACCUCACAGGGAAACUGUUGAAAACUCCCAAACAACAGAAACCUGAGCAACCCGACUAUCUCACUGGAGUGAAGAGGAUUAUGAAGACUCCAAGACAGAAGGCAGACCCCAUUGAAGACCUCACAGGGAAACUGUUGAAAACUCCCAAACAACAGAAACCUGAGCAACCCGACUAUCUCACUGGAGUGAAGAGGAUCAUGAAGACCCCAAGACCGAAGGCUGUACCCAUCGAGGACCUUAGAGGAAAACUGAUGAACACUCCAAGAGGGUCUAAGGCUGCUCAAGAAGUAAACUUCAGUGGUGUAAAGGAACUCCUGAAGACCCCCAAAUACAACGCUCAACCUGUUGAAGAGAUUUCUGGUGAAGGCCAAAAUGAUCACAAUGUCCACAGCAAGACAAAAGAGGUUUGCUCAUUGUUCUCUUUUUAAGACAUUAGAUGUAAUUUGGUUUAAUAGUAUGUUUGCAUGCCAAAUGUGUUUAGCAUAACUUAUUUGCCUGUAAUAUUUAUUUUCUGCCUAAUUACUUAUUUCAUGUUUUACUUCAAAACAUCCUCUCAUCCAAUGACUACAAUUUUAGGUUCUGAAUAUUUAAACCUUCUCGCAUUUUAUUUAUGAGUGUCUUAUUUUUUUUUUUUUUAGAUUCAAGAAGAAGCUAUUUAUCCUGAAUGUGUGUCGGAUGCCAUGACAACAGUGGAGCAGAGCGAAGCGCUUGCUGCUACUCCUGAGGCAGUGGAGGAAGAACAGCCUGUUGAGGAGGUAGAAGAGCCUGCUGCUGCUCUUUCUUCUGAGACAGUGGAGGAGACUGAGGGGCAUGCUGCUGUACCUGCUAAUGCUGUAGAGGAAGAACAGCCCGCUGAGGCGGUAGAAGAGCCUGAUGCUGCUCCUUCCGAGGUAGUGGAAAAGAUAGAAGAGCCUGCUGCUUCUCUUGCUGAGGCAAUGGAGGAGAUCGAAGAGCCAACUGCUGCUCCUUCUGAGGCAGUGGAGGAAGAACAGCCUGCUGCUCCUGCUGAGGCAGUGGAGGAAGAACAGCCUGCUGCUCCUGCUGAGGCAGUGGAGGAGGUAGAGCCAGUUGCUGCACCUGCUGAGGCAGUGGAGGUAGAACAUCUUGAAAGUGAAGAGCCUGCUGCUCCAGUAAAAGGUAGAGGCAAGAAAACUGAGGGGAUUGUGCCACCACCAGCCAGACCAUCUGCUAGAAGGAGAGGGGCAAGACAUAAUGAAAGCAGUAGCGUUGAGGCACAAGUGGAAACAAUAGAUUCUGUGGAUGUGCAGGAGAAAAUGGAUGCUGACACAGUUCCUGCUGAAAAGCCGAAGAGAGGACGAAAAGGCCAAACCGGCUUCUGUGGAGCAAGUUGAAACCGUGCAGGAGAACACUGUUGAAUCCAUUAGUGUUCCUGUCACUGAAAAGGUUGAGGCCCAGACUCGAGUCGUUAGAUCUAAGCGAGGAAGAAAGCCUAAACAGGAUUCAGUAGAAGUUGUUGAAGAGGAGGUUCUUGAAAUUCCUCCAAUUGAGAUUGUGGAGGCCAAGGAGCUAUCUGCUAGUGUUCCUGUUGAGAAACCACGGGCAAGAGGAACAAUGGAAGAACAUGUUGCUGAAGCUGUGGUGGUUGAAAUUACUUCUACAGAAGAGAUGGAGGCCCCAGUCCCUGUUGCAAAACCCAAGAGAGGAAGAAAGACUAAGCAGGAGUUUGUGGAACAAGUGGAGUCUGUGAGUGUUGAAACUCCUGUUGAACAGGUUGAGGCCCAGGAGCUGACCACUGUGGCUCCAGUUGAGAAACCCAAAAGAGGCGGAAGAAAGACUAAGCAGGCUUCUGUAGAGUUCGUUUUGGAACAUCCUGUUGAGUCAGUGACUGUGGACGCUGAAGCCCAGGAGCAGACCGUGGUGGCUCCGGUUGAGAAACAUAAAAGAGGAAGGACUAAACAGAAUCCCGAGAGUGUCGUCCCUCCAGUAUCCACAGAGACUCAGGAGGAAACAUCUGCUCCCCCUACAGAGAAACUUAAAAGAGGAAGAAGAGCGAAGCGGAAGGUUCCUGAAGUGGUAGAAGUUGAGAACAUGAUAGUGCCGGAAGUCCACGUCCCUGCACAAACUGAGGAGGUUGAUGCUAAACCAGAGAGUGAAGAGACCAUUGCUGAGGCUGAAGAACAUCUGGAAGCUCCUGUUGUCAAAUCAGGACGGGGAAGGAAGGCAAGAGCCGUUGUGAAGGAUGAAGUGCCUGCCAAGAGGAAACGCAGAGGAGCAGCUGAUUCCCCAAAGGAGACCACUGCUGCAGAAGCAACUGUUGGAGUUCCAACAGAGCCUGUCAAGAGAGGCAAAAGGGCAGGUAAAUCCACAGUCUUUUCCAAUGAAACCACCAUUGCAGCUGAGAGCAAUCCAUUGGAGGCUGAGGUAACAGACACUAAAAAGGGAAAGGCUGUUUCUGAAACUACCUCUGACCAGGCAAAUUCUAUUGAAGGCAUGGAAACUAUCGAUGAAGACUCAAAAAAUACCUCAAAAUCUGUUCAUUGGAAACCUGAUUUGGAAGUUACACAUAUGGUCACCCCUCUUCCUAAACAGAGAAAAUCCAGACGGAAUGAUACUGUUCCCAUGUGUAAGGUUGACGAACAGCCUGCACAAAUUGAAGAACAGGAGGUUGUGAAGGCAGUGCGAGGAAAAAGGGCAAGAACUAACGUCGAGGUCAAAGAGGAGACCGCACAAUCAACAUCCUCAAGAAGGGCACACCAUAGUGCUACAGAGUCCACAGAGACCUUCACUGCUGAAGCCACUGUCUGCAUUUCAAAGCCUGUAAACAAAAGGAAUACAGCAAGAAAUACAAAGAAAACUGAAGAGGUAGAUCUCUCAGAUAAAACUGUUCCAAAGGAACCUGUCAAAAAAACAAGACGAGGAGCAAAGUCUACUGCUGCAGCUCCCAUUGAGACCACUAGCACUACUCCUACUGUCACUGAGGAAGUGCCAGAGACCAUCUCAGAAGUAGCUUCAGAAGGAAGAGGAAAAGGAUCCAAAAGGGCAAAAGCUGCAUCUCAGGGAAUUGACAUUGAGCAAGCUACUGAAUCCGAGCAGCUGAGUAAGCCCCGCAGAGGGAGAGCUGUAAGAAAAUAGAGCUUAGGCAUUCAUACAUUUUUGUUUAAUACUUUGGUAUAAAAAUGCUUAUGUAUGAUUGCGCAACUUAUUUUAAUUUUAUUUUUUUACUUGUCUGGUGUUAUAGUAACAGGUAUAUCCUGUAGAAUUGAUGUCCUUAGCAGUGCUUUGCAAGAUGAUUAGAUUAAUGGUAUUGGUGUUAAUUGUGGUUAGUUUUUUUGGCUUAUAUUUUUUUACAUUUUAAAUGGAUUGUAUGGUAUUCUAUUCAGACUGCAAAUAUUUUGGGGGAAAUUAUUCGUAUUAAAAAUCAUAAUGGAGAAGUCUGAAAUAAUGUGUAGCAUUAUUGAUAAGGCAUGACUGUUUGACACAAAUUGAGUAGGUUCUGAUACUUACAUUUGAUAUAUUUCUGUCUUUGAUUCAACUCAAAUACACAUACAUACAUACAUACACUCAGUAAAAAAAGAAACGUCCUCUCACUGUCAACUGUUUAUUUUCAGCAAACUUAACAUGUGUAAAUAUUUGUAUGAACAUAAGAUUCAACAACUGAGACAUAAACUGAACAAGUUCCACAGACAUGUGACUAACAGAAAUUGAAUAAUGUGUCCCUGAACAAAGGGGGGGGGAUCAAAAGUAACAGUCAGUAUCUGAUGUGGCCACCAGCUGUAUUAAGUACUGCAGUGCAUCUCCUCCUCAUGGACUGCACCAGAUUUGCCAGUUCUUGCUGUGAGAUGUUACCCAUUUACAUUUACGUCAUUUAGCAGACGCUCUUAUCCAGAGCGACUUACAAAUUGGUGCAUUCACCUUAUAGCCAGUGGUAUAACCACUUUACCAUUUUUUUUUUUGAGCGGGAACUGUGCAUCCGCAGAGGUAGGGGGGCCAGCAGGCCAGAGGUGGAUGAACGCAAUGCCCUCGUUUGGGUGUAGGGACUGAUGAGAGCCUGAAGGUACGGAGGUGCCGUUCCCCUCACAGAUCUGUAGGCAAGCAUCAUGGUCUUGUAGCAGAUGCGAGCUUCAACUGGAAGCCAGUGGAGUGUGGAGGAGCGGGGUGACGUGAGAGAACUUGGGAAGGUUGAACACCAGAUGGGCUGUGGCAUUCUGGAUGAGUUGUAGGGGUUUAAUGGCACAGGCAGGGAGCCUAGCCAACAGCGAGUUGCAGUAAUCCAGACGGGAGAUGACAAAUGCCUGGAUUAGGACCUGUGCCGCUUCCUGUGUAAGGCAGGGUCGUACUCUCCGAAUGUUGUAGAGCAUGAACCUACAGGAUCGGGUCACCGCCUUGAUGUUAGCGGAGAACGACAGGGUGUUGUCCAGGGUCACGCCAAGGCUCUUUGCACUCUGGGAGGAGGACACAACGGAGUUGUCAACCGUGAUGGCGAGAUCAUGGAAUGGGCAGUCCUGGAGGAAGAGCAGCUCCGUCUGUGGACAGGUGUCUUUUAUACUGAUAACAAGUUCAAACAGGUGCCAUUAAUACAGGUAACGAGCGGAGGACAGAGGAGCCUCUUAAAGAAGAAGUUACAGGUAUGUGAGAGCCAGAAAUCUUGCCUGUUUGUAGGUGACCAGAUACUUAUUUUCCACCAUAAUUUGCAAAUAAAUUCAUUAAAAAUCCUACAAUGUGAUUUUCUGGAUUUUUUUCCCUCAAUAUGUCUGUCAUAGUUGACGUGUACCUAUGAUGAAAAUUACAGGCCUCUCUCAUCUUUUUAAGUGGGAGAACUUGCACAAUUGGUGGCUGACUAAAUACUUUUUUCCCCCACUGUAUAUAUAUAUAUAUAUACAGUGGGGGAAAAAAGUAUUUAGUCAGCCACCAAUUGUGCAAGUUCUCCCACUAAAAAAGAUGAGAGAGGCCUGUAACUUUCAUCAUAGGUACACGUCAACUAUGACAGACAAAUUGAGAAUUUUUUUUCUCCAGAAAAUCACAUUGUAGGAUUUGUAAUGAAUUUAUUUGCAGAUUAUGGUGGAAAAUAAGUAUUUGGUCACCUACAAACAAGCAAGAUUUCUGGCUCUCACAGACCUGUAACAACUUCUUUAAGAGGCUCCUCUGUCCUCCACUCGUUACCUGUAUUAAUGGCACCCGUUUGAACUUGUUAUCAGUAUAAAAAACACCUGUCAACAACCUCAAACAGUCACACUCCAAACUCCACUAUGGCCAAGACCAAAGAGCUGUCAAAGGACACCAGAAACAAAAUUGUAGACCUGCACCAGGCUGGGAAUACUGAAUCUGCAAUAGGUAAGCAGCUUGGUUUGAAGAAAUCAACUGUGGGAGCAAUUAUUAGGAAAUGGAAGACAUACAAGACCACUGAUAAUCUCCCUCGACCUGGGGCUCCACGCAAGAUCUCACCCCGUGGGGUCAAAAUGAUCACAAGAACGGUGAGCAAAAAUCCCAGAACCACACGGGGGGACCUAGUGAAUGACCUGCAGAGAGCUGGGACCAAAGUAACAAAGCCUACCAUCAGUAACACACUACGCCGCCAGGGACUCAAAUCCUGCAGUGCGAGACGUGUCCCCCUGCUUAAGCCAGUACAUGUCCAGGCCCGUCUGAAGUUUGCUAGAGUGCAUUUGGAUGAUCCAGAAGCUGAUUGGGAGAAUGUCAUAUGGUCAGAUGAAACCAAAAUAGAACUUUUUGGUAAAAACUCAACUCGUCGUGUUUGGAGGACAAAGAAUGCUGAGUUGCAUCCAAAGAACACCAUACCUACUGUGAAGCAUGGGGGUGGAAACAUCAUGCUUUGGGGCUGUUUUUCUGCAAAGGGACCAGGACGACUGAUCCGUGUAAAGGAAAGAAUGAAUGGGGCCAUGUAUCGUGAGAUUUUGAGUGAAAACCUCCUUCCAUCAGCAAGGGCAUUGAAGAUGAAACGUGGCUGGGUCUUUCAGCAUGACAAUGAUCCCAAACACACCGCCCGGGCAACGAAGGAGUGGCUUCGUAAGAAGCAUUUCAAGGUCCUGGAGUGGCCUAGCCAGUCUCCAGAUCUCAACCCCAUAGAAAAUCUUUGGAGGGAGUUGAAAGUCUGUGUUGCCCAGUGACAGCCCCAAAACAUCACUGCUCUAGAGGAGAUCUGCAUUGAGGAAUGGGCCAAAAUACCAGCAACAGUGUGUGAAAACCUUGUGAAGACUUACAGAAAACGUUUGACCUGUGUCAUUGCCAUCAAAGGGUAUAUAACAAAGUAUUGAGAAACUUUUGUUAUUGACCAAAUACUUAUUUUCCACCAUAAUUUGCAAAUAAAUUCAUUAAAAAUCCUACAAUGUGAUUUUCUGGAUUUUUUUCCCUCAAUAUGUCUGUCAUAGUUGACGUGUACCUAUGAUGAAAAUUACAGGCCUCUCUCAUCUUUUUAAGUCGGAGAACUUGCACAAUUGGUGGCUGACUAAAUACUUUUUUCCCCCACUGUAUAUAUAUAAUGUGUGUCCCUAAGUGUUAUGUCAUUGGUGUUAACACCUUGAAAAUCACAUGACAAAGAUAUACAAGGACCUUGAGUGGCAAACUGUUUUUGGGGAGCAGUCUUUAUUAACGAAAACUAUUAACUAAUCACACCCUUUAGUAUGUCAUAAAUUUGAGGAUUCCAUUGAUCAUUUGGUGUGUCUAAAUACAAAGUGUCAUUGGUGUUACUCAAUGUAAAUUAUGGAAAAUUACAUUGUGAGCAAAAUUAUUAAUCAUAUCACUUUCGUAAAUUAAGGGUUAAAGUGUUCAUUAAUUACCUUAGAUUUGGGCAUUUGUGGCCUCCAUUUAAGAAAAUCUUCAAUUACCAAAAAUGUGUCAUUGGUUUUACCGUCAUUGGUGUUACUACUCCUAAGGUGAAGUCAGCAUUAGUGGGACACUUUUUGGUAAAUCGCUAUGUAGAAAAUCAAAAUCAGCCUACCCUCCUCAACUAACGUUUAUUUCAAUGAAUUAAGGUUGUAUCUACAUUUUUAUGAUGAAACAAGUUGAUAGUUUAUUAUUCAGUGGAUGCAACCCUCCUUAAAACAAUAAUAAUAAUAAAUAAUAUGCCAUUUAGCAGACGCUUUUAUCCAAAGCGACUUACAGUCAUGUGUGCAUACAUUUUUACAUACAACAACAUCAGACCCCUUCUUUUGCUAAAGCGUGUCUUUCAGUUGUAGUGGGACACUUUAGUUGAUGAAGUGGGAAACUAUUUUCUUAUUAGAAACAUUAAUGUCCCACUUCACCUGGCACUUAUUAUAAAAUCAUCAAAAAGACUUUGUAGAGGCUUAUAGAUAACACACUCUGUUUUCACAAUUUUGUGACAAUAACAUUGUACUAGACACUCUCCAUGUCCUUGCAAAAUUGAUUUGGGGAAAUUCCAAGCUCUUCGUGAAAAUCUAACUAAAGGACUCUGGAGUUGCCCGGGCGGUGUGUUUGGGAUCAUUGUCAUGCUGGAAAAACCCAGCCACGUUUCAUCUUCAAUGCCCUUGCUGAUGGAAGGAGGUUUUCACUCAAAAUCUCACAAUACAUGGCCCCAUUCAUUCUUUCCUUUACACGGAUCAGUCGUCCUGGUCCCUUUGCAGAAAAACAGCCCCAAAGCAUGAUGUUUCCACCCCCAUGCUUCACAGUAGGUAUGGUGUUCUUUGGAUGCAACUCAGCAUUCUUUGUCCUCCAAACACGACGAGUUGAGUUUUUACCAAAAAGUUCUAUUUUGGUUUCAUCUGACCAUAUGACAUUCUCCCAAUCAGCUUCUGGAUCAUCCAAAUGCACUCUAGCAAACUUCAGACGGGCCUGGACAUGUACUGGCUUAAGCAGGGGGACACGUCUCGCACUGCAGGAUUUGAGUCCCUGGCGGCGUAGUGUGUUACUGAUGGUAGGCUUUGUUACUUUGGUCCCAGCUCUCUGCAGGUCAUUCACUAGGUCCCCCCGUGUGGUUCUGGGAUUUUUGCUCACCGUUCUUGUGAUCAUUUUGACCCCACGGGGUGAGAUCUUGCGUGGAGCCCCAGGUCGAGGGAGAUUAUCAGUGGUCUUGUAUGUCUUCCAUUUCCUAAUAAUUGCUCCCACAGUUGAUUUCUUCAAACCAAGCUGCUUACCUAUUGCAGAUUCAGUAUUCCCAGCCUGGUGCAGGUCUACAAUUUUGUUUCUGGUGUCCUUUGACAGCUCUUUGGUCUUGGCCAUAGUGGAGUUUGGAGUGUGACUGUUUGAGGUUGUUGACAGGUGUUUUUUAUACUGAUAACAAGUUCAAACGGGUGCCAUUAAUACAGGUAACGAGUGGAGGACAGAGGAGCCUCUUAAAGAAGAAGUUACAGGUCUGUGAGAGCCAGAAAUCUUGCUUGUUUGUAGGUGACCAAAUACUUAUUUUCACCAUAAUUUGCAAAUAAAUUCAUCAUUAAAAAUCCUACAAUGUGAUUUUCUGGAAUUUUUUUAGUUGACGUGUACCUAUGAUGAAAAUUACAGGCCUCUCUCAUCUUUUUAAGUCGGAGAACUUGCACAAUUGGUGGCUGACUAAAUACUUUUUUCCCCCACUGUACAUGGAGGUUAUCCCCCAGACAUUGAAAAAAGUACAUUAAUUCAAAUUAUUGAGGAUAAACUCACAGAUAAAUAUUUCCAUUGUAGUCAUCUUAGCUAAAAUGACAUGGCUGUUAAACGAAACAAGGCUGUAAUGUUUGACAAAACAUAACACAAAUAAAUGGAGGUCACAUUAAAGCUGAAGAGGCAGGUCUUCUAUGAAGCGGUUCCAACAGAACCUGUAAAGAGAACAAAUGGUGCAAAGUUUACUGCAGCUCCCGAUCUCUGCCCCCAGACUUGAAUUCUAUUUCUAUGAUUGAAAUGACACACACAAUAGUCUGCUGGCCUGGGGCCAGUAAAACAUGUCGGGCCAGUGACUUCUCAGCGCAUUUUGGUGUUCUAGUUUGACAUUUACCUGCUAUAUCGCAGUUGCCAUUGAAAACUAUUGAAGACUACACGCGGAAAAGUCACGCUUUUUAUCUAUGUGCAAUGUGAUUGGCCGUGAAUUCGACCACGCUCCUCGCAAGUCACAAUUUCUCAAGCACUUGAGCAGUACAUGAGUUGAUACUUUCACACGGCAAAUGCAAACUGUCUAGAUUAAAAAGAAGCGCUCAUCAAUCCAAUCGCUGAGCUUAUUUAUUUUAGGGAAAGUGAUUUACAAAAGUAAGACUAGUGGCUACUGUUGAUAGUCUGCAAAACGAAAGCUACAAAUAGACACCUAGCGUUCGUCUUGUCUAGCUUGCUUUGGCCACUAGGCAGAUCUACAGUUGAAGUCGGAAGUUUACAUACACCUUAGCCAAAUACAUUUAAACUCAGUUUUUCACAAUUCCUGACAUUUAAUCCUAGUAAAAAUGCCCUGUGUUAGGUCAGUUAGGAUCCCCACUUUUUAUUUUAAGAAUGUGAAAUGUCAGAAUAAUAGUAGAGGGAAUGAUUUAUUACAGCUUUUAUUUCUUUCAUCACAUUCCCAGUGUGUCAGAGGUUUACAUACACUCAAUUAAUAUUUGGUAGCAUUGCCUUUAAAUUGUUUAACUUGGGUCAAACAUUUUGGGUAGCCUUCCACAAGCUUCCCACAAUAAGUUGGGUGAAUUUUGGCCCAUUCCUCCUGACAGAGCUGGUUUAACUGAGUCAGGUUUGUAGGCCUCCUUGCUCGCACACAUUUUUCAGUUCUGCCCACAAAUGUUCUAUAGGAUUGAGGUCAGGGCUUUGUGAUGGCCACUCCAAUACCUUGACUUUGUUGUCCUUAAGCCAUUUUUCCACAACUUUGGAAGUAUGCUUGGGGUCGUUGUCCAUUUGGAAGACCUAUUUGCGACCAAGCUUUAACUUCCUGACUGAUGUCUUGAGAUGUUGCUUCAAUAUAUCCACAUACUUUUCCUUCCUCAUGAUGCCAUCUAUUUUGUGAAGUGCACCAGUCCCUCCUGCAGCAAAGCACCCCCAUGCUUCACGGUUGGGAUGGUGUUCUUCGGCUUGCAAGGGCCCCCUUUUUCCUCCAAACAUAACGAUGGUCAUUAUGGCCAAACAGUUCUAUUUUUGUUUCAUCAGACCAGAGGACAAUUCUCUAAAAAGUACGAUCUUUGUCCCCAUGUGCAGUUGCAAACCAUAGUCUGGCUUUUUUAUGGCGGUUUUGGAGCAGUGACUUCUUGCUGAGCGGCCUUUCAGGUUAUGUCGAUAUAGGACUCGUUUUACUGUGGAUAUAGAUACUUUUGUACCUGUUUCCUCCAGCAUCUUCACAAGGUCCUUUGCUGUUGUUUCUUGGAUUGAUUUGCACUUUUCGCACCAAAGUACGUUCAUCUCUAGGAGACAGAACGCGUCUCCUUCCUGAGCUGUAUGACGGCUGCGUGGUCCCAUGGUGUUUAUACUUGGGUACUAUUGUUUGUACAGAUGAACGUGGUACCUUCAGGCGUUUGGAAAUUGCUCCCAAGGAUGAACCAGACUUGUGGAGGUCUACAAUAUUUUUUCUGAGGUCUUGGCUGAUUUCUUUUGAUUUUCCCAUGAUGUCAAGCAAAGAGGCACUACGUUUGAAGGUAGGCCUUGAAAUACAUCCACAGGUACACCUCCAAUUGACUCGAAUGAUGUCAAUUAGCCUAUCAGAAGCUUCUAAAGCCAUGAUAUCAUUUUCUGGAAUUUUCCAAGCUGUUUAAAGGCACAGUCAACUUAGUGUAUGUAAACUUCUGACCCACUGGAAUUGUGAUACAGUGAAUUAUAAGUGAAAUAAUCUGUCUGUAAACAAUUGUUGGAAAAAUGACUUAUGUCAUGCACAAAGUAGAUGUCUUAACCGACUUGCCAAAACGAUAGUUUGUUAACAAGAAAUGUGUGGAGUGGUUGAAAAACAAGUUUUAAUGACUCCAACCUAAGUGUAUGUAAACAUCCGACUUCAACUGUAUCUUUUUAAAAGCAGUUGUCUUAAAAUGGGCAACGUCCUAGUUUGAGAUGUAUAAAACAAAUAUUCUUAAAAUGGCAUAAUUUAGAAACAAAAGUAAAUGCAAUUAAUAUAAUGCAAUUUUAAAGAACAUGAUAAUGUCUUACAUUGCUAAAUUAUAUUAUACAGCUUUUUAAUAUCUACCAUAAUAACCAAAUGUAGCCUAUUACUAACUGAAUAUACACUCACCGGCCAGUGUAUUAGGUACACCCACCUAGUACUGGGGUCGAACCCCUCUUCGCCUCCAGAACAGCCUUAAUUCUUCGGGGCAUUCUACAAGGUCUCAGAAACGUUCCACAGGGAUGUUGGUCCAUGCUGACACGAUGGCAUCACGCAGUUGCUGCAGAUAGGACGGCAGUACAUUCAUGCUGCAAACAGCCCGUUCCAUCUCAUCCCAAAGAUGCUCUAUUAGGUUGAGGUGUGCGGACUGCGCAGGCCACUCAAGUAAACUGAACUCGCUGUCAUGUUCCAGGCAAUGUUUUUCCAUUCCUCAAUUGUCUAGUAUUGGUGAUCGCAUGCCAACUGGAGCCGAUUCUUCUUGUUUUCAGCUGAUAGGAGUGGAACCUGGUGUAGUCGUCUGCUGCAAUAGCCCAUAUGUGAUCGACGAGCUGUGCGUUCAGAAAUGCCGUUCUGUACACCACUGUUUGUGGCCCGCCUGUUAGCUUGCACCAUUCUCUGUAAACCCUAGACAUUGUCGUGCGUGAAAAGCCCAGGCGGGCGUCUGUUUUUUCAGAUAUUUGAUCCUGCGGGCCUGGCACCGACAAUCAUACCACACUCAAAGUCUCUUAGGUCACUCGUUUUGCCAAUUCUAACAUUAAAUCGAACAGAAACUGAAUGCCUCAAUUCCUGUCUGCCUGCUUUAUACUGUAUAUAAAGCCACAGCCACGUGGUGUACCUAAUAAACUGGCCAGUGAGUGUAUAUAGAGAAAUAAUGUCAACCUAGGCCCUGCAUGACCCUAAUGCAUUUAUAAAAUACCCCAUGUCCAGGCCAGUAGAAAUUCUGUUCGGGACAGUAGAUUCUUGGCCAUCUGGCCCGACCGGGCCAGUGAAAAACGUUGAACCCUGAGGAAUAUUCUUUGCAGUUAUCUUAUAGAUCCCCACCCUUUACAGUUGGCUGACACAAUCCUCGGACAUGACCCCAGUCAUAUAAUGAGUAAAUAAUCCAUAGUGUUCCGUCCACAGGUUGUGUACACUGUCAUGGAGUUCAGUGAGAAGGACAGUCUGCAGGCCAUGUUGUCCCGGUUAGAGCACGACAUGAAUGAUCGGAAGCUGCGGGUGAAACCCGGGGAGAACAAGAAGUUCAAACUGAUCCCUAAAAAGAGGCAGGAUUCCAAGAACCUGCAGCAGAUACUGUAG